AUGGAGAAUAAUGUUGAUAUUUAUAAUGAGAAUGAUGAAGAUGAUAUAAUUAGAAAACAACAGGCAUUAAGAAGAGUAUUAAGUAAUAAAUAUAUUUGGCAAGUGAUAAGAUCAAACUUUGAUUAUAGUAAGAAUAAUAAGAGAAGUGGUGGUAGUACUUGUACAACAGUUACUUUGACGUUUGCUCCCAAACAAAAACCAUUGGUAAUCAAGAGAUAUGCAGAAAUAGAUUUAAAAUGGAUAGCAGAGAAUGGUUAUUUCCACUUGAUCAGAGAUAAAUAUAAAAAACAUGGUUACGAUUGGCUGAGAACCAAUUGUACUAUGAUCGCUGCUAGCAAUUGCAAGCCGAUUGUCAAAGGUCUCGGUCAGAUAGAUUCCAACUUGGUCAAAGUAAUCUACUCGCUCUGUAGAGAGUUGUUCAAUCUAUCGUGUCACGUGAUAGACGCUGCCUCGGAAAUCGGAAAUAUCGAGUUGCUCCAAUACUUUCAUGGCGAGACGCGUGGUCGUGGCGGAGUCGUUAGUUACACCGACACCGCUGUCCACUUGGCAGCGAUGAACGGACACUUGGAUGCACUGAAUUUCCUCUAUCAAUACGGCUACAAAUACAACAGUGACAACCGACAUACUAUCUCCGAUGGCGCUGCCAGUCGUGGACAUCUCCAGGUCGUAAAAAAAGAAGGAUAUACAGUGAAGGCAAUCGAUGCCGCUGCAACCAACGGACAUUUCAAUGUUGUUAAACAUCUCGGACGAAUCAAUCGGAAGAAGUUUACAAUCGUCGGACUGAAUGGUGCACUGGAGAAUCGACACACCGCUAUCUUUAAGUACUUGGUGGAACUCAAUAAUAUACCGAUGUCGCACCACAUCAGACAAUUCACAAAGACGGCUGCACAGACAGGUCAACUCGAUAUCCUAAAGUAUCUAUAUGAAUCAACCGAUAAAGACAGUAAGAUUCCAACGGAUACACUAUUCUAUGCAUUACAACUAGCAGUUUCCAACUGUCAAGAAGAUGUAGUUAAAUACUUAAUCGACAAAGUACCGGUUGACAGAACCACCAAUGAAAUGAAUGGUAUCAUUGAUUCUUUAAUUUCUCAUGGAUUCAAAGAAUUGGCAGAACUCAUUAUCGUUCAUUUCUCUCAUUUGAAUCUUAGUCUAGCUGAUCAUUAUAGAUAA